AUGUCGUGCAUCAAAAAGCUUAAGCACCAUCAGCAGGUCCUGCAGGAAAUGUUCCCUAGGUCUCACCCAAGAUUCCGAAUUAUAUCAUGUACUCUGGACGAGAUAUCGUGUUCUUUUAUUUGUGAUAACUGUUAUUUAGAGAUUACAGGUAGUCUAUUGGGUACAUAUCCACAAUCAUCUCCAAUAUGGUUUUCCGAUUCUGAUGACACGUUUGUCACACAAAUUUUCCGAGGACUACAAACAGUUGAGCCAAGCAACUAUACGAUUGAUCGUCAAGUAAAGAUACUUGUAACGGAAUUAUGUCGAUACAAAAAGUUGCCAUAUCCUCCUGAAUUGAACAAUCUCUGUCCAGACUUUAGUCCUGAACCUCUUCCUGUCGACACUAUUUCUACUGCUGAACCUCGUCAAUCAUCUUCUGGCGACGGGAAUAGUGAUGCAGAAGAUACUGGUUUCGAAGAUGAAGAUGUGACAUUGAACGAUCCAUUUGAAGUUUCUAUUACGGGUGAUGAUCGUCCCGAAUAUGAUGGUAUUUCAUCCCAAGAUGCUGAACAGUUGGAAAAACUCAAGGCUACACAAAUACAAGGAAUUACUAAGGGUUCAAUUCAAUCAUCUGACCGUUUGAUGAAAGAGCUAAGAGAGAUUUAUCGAUCAGACAGUUACAAACAAGGUAUUUUCACUGUUGAACUACAAAAUGACAGUCUUUAUAAUUGGAAAGUUAAAUUAUACAAAGUUGAUGAGGACAGUGGAUUGCAUAAAGAUCUUCAGGAACUUACAAAUCAUCCCAAAUUAGAAGAUCAUUUAGGAUUACAAUUUCUAUUCAAAGAAACAUAUCCUUUUGAGCCACCAUUUGUCCGUAUUCUUUAUCCAGUGAUUGAAAAUGGUUAUGUUUUAGCCGGUGGAGCAAUUUGCAUGGAAUUAUUUACAAAACAAGGUUGGUCAAGCGCUUAUGAUAUCGAAUCAUCUAUCAUGCAAAUAGCUGCAACUUUAGUGAAAGGUCGUGCACGUAUAAAUUUUAGCGCAACAGAUGAUCAAUAUUCACUGCGCCGAGCUCAACUCUCCUAUCGUGGUCUAGUUCAGAUUCACGAAGAAAGUGGUUGGUACACUCCCCCAAAAGCAGACGGUUGAAAAAUUCUCAUUAUACUGCUAAUGAAUAUGAAUGUCUGUAUGCAUUUUACACAGACAUACACUAUGAUAUCCAAACUACUAUAAAUAUAUAUGUAUAUAUUCUGAGGAAGGAUACACAGGUAUUUCCCAUAUGCAAAAGAAAUGAUAAACGUCAGGUUAUUUCUUUUGUUUGUCUGUUUGUAUUUUGCAUUUCCUCACACUUACUCCGACAUAUGGUUCUUUCACCGUCUUUGUCCAUGAACAUGUGAGGCAGUAUCUCUCUGCACUCUGUUUACAUAACCUUUCCAUGCCUUUUUCCUUCCUCUGAUGGUAAUUUCAUCGUGUACAUUGUCUUUAUCUUCUUCUUCUGUAUGCACAUUCAGUCUUUUAUCUAUACAAAUAUACAUUAUAUUACACCGUACGACACUUCCAUACUCUCUCUAACUAAUCAUAUGUCUAUCGGCCACAUCUCAUCUUAUUACCGAUA